AUGGUUUCGAUGAGCACCACGCCGAAGCCGCUCGACUCCGCCGCCGUCACCGGCGGAGGCGGGGACGAGAGUGGUGGAGGAGGAGGAGGAGGCGGCGGCGGCGGCGGGAAGAAGCAGGUGCGCGGGGCGGCUGCGGCGGCGGUGAUGGCGCCGCCGCCGAUGGCGGUCCCCGUCCCGGUCCCGGUCCCGGUCCCGGCCGCGGCGCCCGCGGCGGGGGAGGAGGUCCGGAAGGUCAGGAAGCCGUACACCAUCACCAAGUUGCGGGAGAGCUGGACGGAGCCGGAGCACGAUAAGUUCCUCGAGGCCCUGCAGCUUUUUGAUCGUGAUUGGAAGAAAAUCGAAGCAUAUGUUGGUUCGAAGACUGUUAUACAGAUAAGGAGCCAUGCACAGAAGUACUUCUUGAAGGUUCAGAAGAAUGAUCCUGCAGUUUCUCAAGCUAUUUUAUCACAACAACAACCUACCCAGAGGGAGCAAGGUUCUGUCAUGCCUAUGGAUACUGCUACUGUGAGAAACACAAAUGCAAAUGUGGCAGUGUCUUCUUGGGACAAUACUCUUGCUCAACCUUUUAGUGCUGGUCAUGUUCAAGGUGCUGUUGCAACAAAUAACUGUUCAAGUAGCAUACAGAGUCCAUCUAGUACUUGGCCAUCUUCUGAAGUAGUUGAGCAAGAAAAUGUGGUUCCACCACUCCGUGCCAUGCCAGAUUUUGCCCGAGUAUACAGCUUCCUAGGAAGCAUAUUUGAUCCUGAUACAAGUGGGCAUUUGCAGAGGUUAAAAGCGAUGGAUCCAAUUGAUAUCGAAACGGUACUACUACUUAUGAGAAAUCUUUCAACGAACCUUAGGAGUCCUGACUUUGAGCAACAUCGGAGGUUGCUAGCAUCAUAUAGCUAUGGUGGUGGGGACCAUGUUAAAUCUGAAGGCAUGGAAAAUCAUGGAUCUCCUCAGAGUGGCCAUCUUCCAUUCCUGUAA